UCGAGGGCGUUCGGACGUAAAUCUGUGCUCUCUGUGCCCCUCUCUCGCGGCUGAUCGAUUUUUCGCAGCAGAGCAGCGGAAAGAACAGAAUCCUUCCCGAUUGAUUUAUCUGGUUUACCCCUUCGCCAUCAUUUCGUGGUGAAAAAGAAAUUUUGUUUCCCUGCCAAGCUUACCUGUUUUGUUGCUGCGAAUUUUGCGGUUCCGGCGUUCCGAGUCCUCGUGUUUUAAGCCAGUGCAGUGCCGGUCGAUUUGAGACACUUGCUGAAGUACUAUUUUCCGGCUAGAGUGCCGAAUCGUAGUGCACCUUGCGGGAGCUACUUCGCAAGAGACGGUGCUUUUUGUGUAAAAGUAGCCACAAAUUAGCAGUGAACUCUUACGGGACAAGUGUGCAGAAGAAUGGCGGAAUCGGAGGACAUGAGUAGUAGUAGCAAUAGUAGCAGUAAUGGCAGCAGGGAGGAUAUACAUUUUUUCGAAGGCGUCGAAAAGCUGCUGGAGAUCUGGUUCGAGCCGAACCCAGCGAACAAGGGUGCCGAUUUGCGGAAAAUUCCCAGACCGAUGUGGGAUGCGCUGCUGAAAACGGUGCGAUGUGAAAUCAUUAGCUUCACCAGAAACGACCAGAUCGAUGCUUAUGUGCUAAGCGAAAGCAGCAUGUUUGUCUCGAAGCGGCGUUGGAUUCUGAAGACAUGCGGAACUACGACGCCUCUACAGUGCUUCGAGCCGCUGCUUCGUCUCGCGUCCGAGAUCGGCGGUUACGCCGAGAUCGAGGAUCUGUUCUACUCGCGCAAGAACUACAAGCGCCCGGAGCUGCAGGUUUCGCCGCACCGCGGCUUUGAGGAGGAGGUUGCCUUCCUCGACUCGUACUUCGACGAUGGGCGCGCCUACAGUCUCGGGGCGAUCAACCGCGACUGCUGGCAUCUUUACACGCUGAGCCGCGGGGGAGGGGGCUCCAAUGUUAAGAAACGCAACGGCCACAUUCAUCAGCUGCACCAGCAGCAGCAGCAGCAGCAUCAUCAUCAUCAUCUUUCGGCUGAGCAGCAGCAGCAUGAGCUGCAGACGAUUGAGUCAGCCAUGAUGAUGCAGGAGCUGCCGGACCCAGACCAGACGAUCGAAAUCCUGAUGACCGAUCUCGAUCCGAAGGUGAUGGCCAUUUUCACCAAGAAUGAGUGCAGCACGGCCAACGAGGCUACGCAGAAAUCGGGAAUUCAUAGACUCAUUCCCGGCAUGGUCAUCGAUGAUUAUCUCUUCGAUCCGUGCGGCUAUUCCAUGAAUGGCAUUUCGAAGAAUUGUGGAAAAAAAUACAAAGAGGGAUGCUACAUGACCAUCCACAUCACUCCGGAGCCGGAAUUUUCGUACGUAAGCUUCGAGAGCAACCUUGCGUCGACGGCGUACGCCGAGCUUAUUUCGCGCGUCAUUCGCACUUUCCAGCCGGGAAAGUUCAUUGUGACUGUGUUUGCGAAUAAGACAUCACCGGCCGCUAACGCGAACCGCGAGAUUGAACAUCUGGGAACCAUCGACCAGUGGAAGCGUCGCGAUAUCCAAUAUUCGCGCUUUUCGGGCUACGACCUUACGUACGCCCAAUACUGCAAAUACCCUAGCUGAGACUUACCGUGCCCGGCUCCU